UUGACAGCGGAAGUGUGAGCGGAGCCGGUACACACGUGUUGUCUUGAGGAUUUGAAGGUUAAAGAAGAAGAAGAAGCAGCAGCAGCGGGUGGGUUUCUUGUUGGCUAUCCGCUGGAGAGAGUCACCAGGACGGCGUGUUUGUGGUUAAAGCCAGGUGUGAGCAGCAGUGAAACGCAGACAUGGAUCCCAUGAAGGCACAGCAGCUUGCAGCGGAGCUGGAGGUGGAAAUGAUGGCUGACAUGUACAACCGAAUGACCAACGCCUGCCACAGGAAGUGUGUACCGCCGCAUUACAAGGAGGCAGAGCUGACGAAGGGCGAGUCGGUGUGCCUGGACCGCUGCGUGGCCAAGUACAUGGACCUUCACGAGAGGCUGGGACGCAAGCUGACAGAGCUCUCGGUCCAGGACGAGGAAGUGAUGAGGAAGGCGGCUGUGGGCAGCGGAUAGAGACGCUGAUGAAGGGAACAAAGUGGAGCAUUGUGGGGGAUUGCAAGGUUAUGGGGUGGGGUUGGCAUAUCUGGUUUCUCUAAGAUGAGAAACUUGUGUUUUUAAUGAGUGGGUGGGUUUUGUUGGGGAAAUGAAAAAAAAUGUAAAAUGAUUGCUGUUGAGGGCCCACUGAGACUACGACCUCUACUGCAGCAGAGGACGAGACAUGGGACAGGGCCGGAGGAAUCACCGGAGGACUUGGUGGAACGACAGCACGAGGACGUCUCGAGGCCGCUCACAGCGGUCCACCCGCCUUUCUGGACGUGUCGGAUUAGUUUUCCAUUCAUCUUGGCCCGCUCCUCAAGAAGUCACUUGAAAAUUGACUGGAAAGGAGAAAGGCCGGGGACAUGUAAUAUUAUUUCUAAGUCAUACUUUGUGAUUGUUUUAGCUGCUUGGAGUGCAAGAAAGGUGCUGCUUCUACUGCAGAAACUCAAAUACUUUGUUUAAAGCUUUGUGGUAGCAGCUGGUGUUUGGGGCAGGUCAAAACAAACACUAAGAAUGAUUUGCAUUUAGUCUUUGUUCCCAAAUCACCCUUCACACAGGUGAUUUGUUUUCCUUUUUUAAAAAGGGGGUGAAAGUAACCACGGGCCCUCUUAAGGUGAUAUCUUAACAUGAUAUUCAGGUAGAAAUACAUUGUUCAGUUACAAGUUGUCUGUUAUGCAGACAAAGUAGUGUCAGUUCUGUAGGAAACCUUGAAAUACAGUGAAUCAAAUACAUGGAUCAGGGCGUGCACUGAAUUAAUUCUGGAUUAUACAGACACUAUGCAUAGUUUCCUCUCUGUGGGUGCUGUGUUGGCUCGGAAUCAGACGGCCAGCCAGGCCGUUCUGGCUGCAUGGACGUGUGUUGAAGAUGGACUGAACUUUGCUCAUUUGUCAUGCUUGUGUAGACUGUGUUGUGCUGUGUGUCAGUGGACCAUGUUUUUGACUGUGAAACAUUUUUAUUUUAUUUUUUUUCCCGCCCGUGCUAACCACUGUGUCAGUGUCUCAGCUUCGUAUCUGCAUAUUGGAGAAGCUGCACAGUGUUUUGUUGUUAUAAAUGAAUCUAAUAAAACAAUGUCAUCCUUCAUCUUAAUGUCACCAGUGUUGCCAAAAGGAUAUUAAAGUCUUCUCCUCUGUCCCACA